AUGGGAGACAGAAGCGUGUUUGACAUGAUGAGGUCAAUCUCGGCAUUGGUUCUGCUUGACUUGGAUGGGUCUCGAUUGAUAGCGCAUUAUUACGACAAAGCCACGUUUCCGGACCUCAAAUCGCAGAAGGUUUUUGAGCGCAAAGUCAUGAGACAGAAAACUUUGCUCAAGUCUGAAAUAUCCUUCAUUGACGAUUUGAUUUGCCUUAAUCUCAACCAUUCGGAUAUCCGGUUUUUCGUCGCCGGACCCCUGGGAGGCAACGAGUUGGUUAUGAAAGAAUUCCUGGCAUGUGUGGUUGAACUGUUGAGGGUGAUGUUCAAAGAGACCCUGAGUUGUCAAUCGCUCAUGGAAAACAUGCAUGCCGUGUUCAUCUUGCUGGACGAAAUCUGUGAAGCGGGUGUUAUACUUGAAACUAAUCCACUUACUAUAGUGGAUCGACUACGUGCCAGAUCCGUUAGGAGCAUUGAAGACAUGACAUUGGGAGAGCUGCUGGAGUUUGCCAAAGAGAAGCUGAUGACCAUGUGAUGAAGCACCGCAGUUCUGUGAAAAUUUAUUGCAAACAUUUUUGUCUUCCGAAAGUUUCUCAAUUAUUUACUCCCCGCGCACCUCCACUGAUUCCAAAAUUUUUCAUUCACUGUGAUUUUUUUGUGUGUCGGGGCAUUUGUUUGAUUUCAGGCCAGUUUUUUGUUUGAUCCAAGGUUGCCCUCGGUGCUGGUCUCGGAAAAAAAGGUCAAGGGCAAAAACAUUCACUUCAUGGUGAUGAGUGAGAAACAAGGAAAUUUCGGUUGUGUUGUUGGA